UCGUAUAUUUCCGCUCUACUAUAUUUGUCAUUGCAACCAUCCAACAAUGUCUAACGAUUCCUGCAGUUAUAUUCAUCAAAUAUCUACCGAGAAAGAUACAUGGAAGUUGAAGGUGCGAGUAUUGCGUUUGUGGAAGCAAUCGUAUCAGAUUGACAUGAUUUUGAUGGACGAAAAGGGUGAUAAGAUUCAGGCCACCAUAAAGAAGGUGUUGAUGUGUGUGUUUGAAAACCAGCUUGAGGAGGGUAGUGUGGUGUUUCUCAGCAAGUUUGGUGUUGGUGAGAUGAAUGGCAAGUUUCCUGUAAUCAAGUAUUCCUAUAAGCUCAUAUUCUACCGUCAUACCAAUGUCAAACAUUGUGAGAAUUUCGACGGACCUUUAUAUGGUUUUCAGUUUGUUGACCUACAUCAUAUUAUAAAUCGUGAGGUUGAAGUUGAAUCGACAGUGGGCUAGUUUUUUUUUUGUUUUUUUUUUGUAUUUCACGUAACUAGAUAUACCUGCUCCUUUAUUUUAUUGUUGAUGCGUUAAUGUUAGUUAUCUUUGUGUUUUGCCUUUUUAGAUGUUAUCGGUUAUGUUGUAUCUACUACCGAUAUGGAAGUUUUUAAUCAUUUUGGAAAGGAAAGCAAGAGGAUAAGUUUUGAGAUUGUUAACUUUACGUAUGAACUUGCAUACCUUUUAGGUUUAUUUUUAUGUUUGUAUCUGUUUUAUUUUCCUUUUAUGUUUUCUUACAUCCUUUUGUUCUGUUGUUAGUGGAGACACCAUUGGUUGCACUUUCUGGGAUAGUUUUGCACAACAAUUUUCCACUUUUAUUCAGGGUUAUUCAUGUGAUGUCGUUGUCAUUGUUCUAAUUCAAUUUGCUAAAGUUAAGAAUUG